GGCCGUGAAGAACGAGAAAGAAAACAAUCUCGAAGAGCGUUGAAGGUGGUAGAAGAACACGGUGCCUCGAAGGAGAACGGACGGCGAAUCGUCGAAAUCUCAUCGAGCUGAAGUUACUGGAACCAACAGCGUACGAUAAACGGUCGGGAACAACGGGAAAAGGAGUGUUCGAUAGUUACAUGUGCGUCCUUGCUACGAAGAGUUCAGUCUAUCGAGGAUCGUCCUUGGAAUCGCUCGUCCCUGAAGCCGGCUCGAAGAGCUGCUCGUGAUCUCGAAAACAAAAAUGGCGGACGUUGACUCGAGGGUGGAUCAUUCGGAUCCCGAAUUGCGGUUUCUUUCCGUUGACAGGAAUAAUUUCAACGAUCCCGCGACACAGGCGGAAUGGACACAAAAGAAGCUCGUUUGGGUUCCGCACGAAACCCAGGGUUUCGUCGCAGCUGGGAUAAAGGGUGAACGGGGCGACGAGGUUGAGGUGGAGAUCGCCGAAACUGGAAAACGGGUUCUCGUUGCAAAAGAUGAUAUUCAAAAAAUGAAUCCACCGAAAUUCGAUAAAGUCGAAGAUAUGGCUGAAUUAACGUGCCUGAACGAAGCCUCCGUACUGCAUAACCUCAAAGACAGAUACUACUCUGGGCUGAUUUACACGUACUCGGGGCUCUUCUGCGUGGUGGUAAAUCCAUACAAGAGGCUGCCAAUUUACACGGAAAAGAUAAUGGAGAGGUAUAAGGGUAUUAAGAGACACGAGGUUCCACCCCAUGUUUUCGCCAUUACGGACACCGCAUAUCGUUCCAUGCUUCAAGAUCGAGAAGACCAGUCGAUUCUGUGCACCGGCGAAUCUGGCGCAGGCAAAACGGAAAACACUAAAAAAGUAAUUCAAUAUCUGGCCUACGUAGCUGCUUCAAAGCCAAAAUCUAAUGCGACACCGAGUCCGGCAUUAAUCAUAGGUGAAUUGGAACAACAACUUUUGCAAGCAAACCCAAUCCUGGAAGCCUUCGGAAACGCCAAGACUGUGAAAAACGACAACUCCUCGCGAUUCGGUAAAUUUAUUCGGAUAAACUUCGAUGCUUCCGGUUAUAUCGCUGGUGCGAACAUAGAAACUUAUCUUUUGGAGAAAUCGAGAGCGAUUCGACAAGCGAAGGACGAAAGGACUUUCCAUAUAUUUUAUCAACUUCUUGCUGGUGCUUCCCCUGAACAAAAGAAGGAAUUUAUUCUGGAGGAUCCAAAGCACUACCCGUUCCUGUCGAAUGGCGCGCUGCCGGUUCCAGGGGUGGACGAUUCGGCCGAGUUCUUCUCGACCGUCAAAUCCAUGCACAUCAUGGGUAUGACGAACGAGGACUUUUCGUCGAUCUUCCGCAUCGUGUCCGCGGUGAUGCUGUUUGGUUCGAUGCAGUUCCGUCAGGAGAGGAACUCGGACCAGGCUACAUUACCGGACAACACCGUGGCCCAGAAGAUUUCUCAUCUGUUGGGUCUAAGUGUGACUGAAAUGACGAAAGCGUUCCUGAAACCGAGGAUCAAAGUGGGCAGGGACUUUGUGACGAAAGCACAAACGAAGGAACAAGUGGAGUUCGCGGUCGAAGCUAUUUCGAAAGCUUGUUACGAGAGGAUGUUCCGGUGGCUGGUGAACAGGAUCAACCGAUCGUUGGACCGCACGAAGAGACAGGGAGCUAGCUUCAUCGGCAUCCUCGACAUGGCUGGUUUUGAAAUAUUCGAACUGAACAGUUUCGAGCAGCUUUGUAUUAACUACACGAACGAGAAGCUGCAGCAGUUGUUCAAUCAUACCAUGUUCAUCUUGGAACAGGAGGAAUAUCAGAGAGAAGGAAUCGAAUGGAAGUUCAUCGACUUCGGACUGGAUCUGCAGCCGACCAUCGAUUUGAUAGAUAAACCUAUGGGUAUCAUGGCGUUAUUGGACGAGGAGUGUUGGUUCCCCAAGGCCACGGAUAAAACGUUCGUUGAGAAACUGGUAGGCGCACACAGCGUGCAUCCUAAGUUCAUGAAAACCGACUUCAGAGGCGUCGCGGACUUCGCUAUCAUACAUUACGCCGGAAAAGUUGAUUAUUCCGCUGCUAAAUGGUUGAUGAAGAACAUGGAUCCUUUGAACGAGAACGUGGUCAGUCUGCUGCAGAGUUCACAGGAUCCUUUCGUCUGCCACAUUUGGAAGGAUGCCGAAAUCGUUGGCAUGGCUCAGCAGGCGUUAACGGACACGCAGUUCGGCGCUAGAACGAGGAAGGGAAUGUUUAGGACCGUCUCCCAGUUGUACAAGGAACAGUUGGCGAAAUUAAUGGUUACCCUGAGGAACACUAAUCCGAAUUUCGUGAGAUGCAUCAUACCGAAUCACGAGAAGAGGGCCGGGAAGAUCGACGCUCCUUUGGUGCUAGAUCAGUUGAGGUGUAACGGUGUUUUGGAAGGAAUUAGAAUUUGUCGACAGGGAUUCCCCAACAGAAUACCGUUCCAGGAAUUCAGACAAAGAUAUGAGCUUCUGACACCGAACGCCAUUCCAAAAGGAUUCAUGGACGGGAAGAAGGCCUGCGAAAAAAUGAUUCAAGCCCUCGAACUCGAUCCUAAUCUGUAUCGCGUCGGUCAGUCGAAGAUUUUCUUCCGUGCCGGAGUUCUGGCUCAUCUCGAAGAGGAACGCGAUUACAAGAUCACCGAUAUAAUCGUGAACUUCCAAGCGUUUUGCCGUGGUUUCCUCGCUCGUAAGAAUUAUCAGAAACGUUUGCAGCAAUUGAACGCCAUCAGGAUCAUCCAGAGGAACUGCGCUGCUUAUCUGAAACUUCGAAACUGGCAGUGGUGGCGUUUGUACACCAAAGUGAAACCUCUUCUAGAAGUGACCAAGCAGGAAGAAAAAUUAACUCAAAAGGAGGAUGAACUGAAACAAGUACGGGACAAGUUGGAAUUACAGUUGCACUCUGCUCAGGAGUAUGAACGAAAGUAUCAACAAGCCAUCGAGGAGAAAACCAUGCUGGCGGAGCAGUUGCAAGCUGAGGUUGAAUUGUGCGCGGAAGCGGAAGAGAUGCGAGCAAGGCUAGCCGCGAGGAAGCAAGAACUGGAGGAGAUUCUUCACGAUUUGGAAGCAAGAAUCGAAGAAGAGGAGGAAAGGAGCGCCGCGUUGACUCAAGAGAAGAAGAAACUGCAAUUGAACAUAAGCGACCUUGAGGAGCAACUGGAGGAGGAGGAAGCCGCCAGGCAAAAAUUACAGUUGGAAAAAGUGCAAUGCGACGCGAAAAUAAAGAAACUCGAAGAGGAUCUCGCCCUGUCGGAGGACACCAAUCAGAAGUUGUUGAAGGAGAAGAAGAUUCUUGAAGAAAGGGCGAACGACUUGUCGCAAACACUGGCGGAGGAAGAAGAAAAAGCGAAACAUUUGUCGAAAUUGAAAGCUAAACACGAGGCAACGAUUGCGGAUCUUGAAGAAAGAUUGUUGAAGGAUCAUCAACAGAGACAAGAGGUGGAUAGAUCGAAGAGAAAGAUAGAAACCGAGGUAUCAGAUUUGAAAGAACAACUCGCGGAAAGGAAGACCCAGGUGGAAGAACUUCAGUUGCAACUAGGUAAACGUGAGGAAGAAUUGAAUCAAGUGAUGGCAAAGAUGGACGAAGAAGGAGCAGCGAAAGCACAAGCUCAGAAAGCUCUUCGGGAACUAGAAUCUCAAUUAGCCGAGCUGCAAGAAGAUUUGGAAGCCGAGAAAGCCGCGAGAGGAAAAGCGGAGAAAUUAAAACGUGACCUAAACGAGGAAUUGGAGGCAUUGAAAAACGAGUUGUUAGAUUCUCUCGAUACGACCGCUGCCCAACAGGAAUUGAGGAGUAAACGAGAACAGGAAUUGGCGACAUUGAAGAAGAACUUGGAAGAAGAAACGUCGAUGCACGAAGCAACGUUGGCCGACAUGCGUCACAAACACACGCAAGAAUUAACCGCGUUGAACGAACAAAUGGACGCAUUGAAAAAGACAAAAGCCGUACUGGAAAAGGCGAAAGCAACAUUGGAGGCUGAAAAUGCUGAUCUGGCGACGGAACUCAGAUCCGUUAGCGCCAGCAGACAGGAAUCAGAUAGAAGAAGAAAGCAAGCCGAACAACAGCUUGCUGAAGUGAAUGCAAAACUCGCGGAAGUUGAGAGAAACAGGCAAGAGUUGGUAGAAAGAGUAACGAAAUUGCAACAAGAAGCUGAAAGCGUCAUGCAACAGUUGGAGACUGCGGAAUUGAAAGCUUCUGCGGCUAUUAAAGCUUCGGCAACUUGUGAAUCUCAGUUUACGGAACUUCAACAACAACUUGAAGAAGAGACCAGACAGAAGUUGGCUUUGAGUUCGAAAUUGAGAGCGCUGGAAAGCGAAAAAGAAAGUCUUCACGACCAAUUGGAGGAGGAAGAAGAAGCGAAGAAAGCUUUAGAUAAACAGGUCCUCGGCUUAAACGUACAAUUGGCUGAAGCUAAGAAGAGAGCAGAAGAAGAAGCAGAAGCUGCAGCGGCGUUAGAAGAAGCUAGGAAGAGAUGCACGAAAGACAUUGAGGCGCUUCAAAGGCAAGUUGAAGAAUUACAAGCUGUCAAUGAUAAAUUAGAUAAAUCGAAGAAGAAAGUUCAAGCGGAAUUGGAAGAUAGCAUUAUCGAGCUCGAAGCGCAAAGAGCAAAGGUGCUGGAGUUGGAGAAGAAACAAAAGAAUUUCGACAAGGUGCUGGCCGAAGAAAAAACCGUCUCGGAGCAAUACGCGGAGCAGCGGGAUGCCGCGGAACGCGAAGCUCGCGAAAAGGAAACCCGGGUGUUGUCAUUGACCCGUGAACUCGACGAAAUGAACGAAAAGGUCGAGGAACUCGAACGGAUUCGUCGUGGUCUUCAAUCCGAACUGGACGAACUCGUGAACAACCAAGGGACGGCUGACAAAAAUGUGCACGAGCUGGAGAAGGCGAAACGCGCUCUCGAGUCUCAAUUGUCGGAGCAGCGUUCUCAAGUGGAGGAACUCGAGGAUGAGUUACAAUUUACGGAAGAUGCGAAACUGCGGUUAGAAGUAAAUAUGCAAGCUCUGAGAACUCAAUUCGAACGAGAUUUGCAAGCCAAGGAAGAACAGGCGGAAGAGAAACGAAGAGGAUUAGUGAAACAGUUACGUGAUCUUGAAGCAGAGUUAGAAGAUGAGAGGAAGCAGAGGGCCGCUGCUAUCGCGCAACGUAAGAAGAUGGAGGCCGAUUACAAGGAUAUCGAACAGCAACUGGAGAUGCACAAUAAAGUGAAGGAAGACGCGUUGAAGCAACUGAAGAAACUUCAGGCGCAAAUAAAGGACUGCAGCCGAGAAACAGAGGAAGCCAGAUCAGCAAGGGACGAACUUGCCGCGAUCGCUAAAGAAACGGAAAGAAAAGUGAAGAGUUUGGAGGCAGAUCUGAUGCAGUUGACCGAGGAUUACGCUAGCAGUGAACGAGCGAGAAGGGCUGCAGAAAACGAGAGGGACGAAUUACAAGAGGAACUGAAUAAUAACGCUAACAAAGGCACGUUGAUGCUAGACGAGAAACGUAGAUUGGAAGCUAGAAUUGCGACAUUGGAGGAGGAACUUGAAGAGGAACAAUCGAAUGCUGAGCUGUUAAUGGAUAGAGCACGAAAGGCUCAAAUCUCUAUCGAGCAACUGACGAACGAUUUGACGACAGAAAGAUCGACCACGCAGAAAUUGGAAUCGCACAAACUGUUACUGGAGAGACAGAAUAAGGAAUUGAAAGCGAAACUCACGGAAUUGGAGACUGCUCAGAGAGCAAAGACCAAAGCUACGAUCCAACAAUUGGAGUCGAAGAUUAAUAAUCUCGAUGAACAAUUGGAAACCGAAGCCAAGGAAAGAUUCGCGCAGCAGAAGAUUAAUAGAAAAUUGGAGAAGAAAUUGAAGGAAUUGAGCAUACAGUUAGAAGACGAGAGGAGGAACUCUGACCAAUUUAAGGAACAGGCGGAGAAAGUAAACGCCCGAAUGAAAGCUUUGAAGAGACAGCUAGACGAAGCGGAGGAAGAAAUUAGCAGGCAUAAAGCGAUGAAGAGGAAAGCGCAGAGAGAAAUGGACGAUAUGCUGGAAUCUCAAGAAGAGCUAACGAGGGAGGUAGCAAACCUUAAAAAUAAAUUAAGACGAGGAGGUGGACCUCCAAUAAACCUUAGUUCGACGCGUUUGAAACGCGGCUCGGUUCAAACCGGUGGUUCCGGCGACGAUUCGACGACGCAGGACGAAAGCAUCGAUGGUGAGGAAACUGUCAACUGAACGAGAAAACACACACCACUUAUUGAACCCUCACAACGCAGGAAACUCAUAAAAAUCCCAGGUCCAGGAGGUGCGUGCAAGAUCCGCUUCGACGAAAACCGAGUCCCAAACGCGGCACUCGUUUCCCCCAGUUCUGGAGUCGAUUCCUAUGCACCCAACGAUGCCAUUAGAUGAUGAGGGGACGGCUUUCUUCUGUACAUAAGAGACCCGGCAGGGCCGUACCGAGUAGUAUUUUAUUUCCGUUCCGUUCGGAACGUCGCAGAAAAUGGCGAACCCUUUAUAGGAAAACACCACGCGACCAUUUGUUUUCCGCCCGUUACCGAUUAACGUCAACGAUUUCGUUGAUCAUAUUCUAGCGAGCUAUGAUGCCACGAUUAAAUUCGUAUUAAAUUUCUUUCUAAUAAAAUCAGCGCACGUAUCGCGUUAAUGCCAGUGGCGUGUUAACCGGCGCUGAAAUGCCAUACUUUCUAUAAGCUUUACGUUAGAAAUUCUCACGACUAUGUCUAAUUUUUCUCGAAAGUUUUCGUCAUUUUUUGCGAAAAAUGCUACUAUUCGUCGGGUAAGAUUGAGACUAGAAAUAUAUUAUUGGGGCUGCAUAAUCGAUAACGAAUUAACAUCGCAUUUAGGCAGCAUUAAUAUCUAUUAUAAUUAUAUUAUAGUUAUUAUUAUUAUUAUUAAUUAUUAUUAUUAUCACAGUUUUUAUUUUUAUCGCGAAGAGCAUCGUAAUAUGUUAUUUGUAAUUACUUUUAAUAAUCGAGUCAGUGAUGGACGAUUUAGGCAUCGUUCCGAGAGGUCAAAAACAAAGAAAAACCAUCAGCAGUAUUCGAAAGAAAUAUUUUGAAGUAAUUAGUCUUGCAUAUCGUAAACUGGUUCUGAAAUAUAAUAGUCAGCAACGUUCAAAGUUUAAAAAACUUUACUGACCGUACGUGAGUAUCUGAAAGGGUAGGUAAUUCUAAUCUGAAUACCGUAUUUCGACAAAAAAGUAUUAUUUUAAGAACAAUUUCCCUUGGAAAGGAGUUUGGUAGUGUUUCCCUUAUUGAUUUUCCUUCGAGUAGUAACUCCUGUUUUUUUUUUUCGACUAAAGACUUUCGCCUAUCGGAACGAGCCCGAAAUCGACGAUCGAGAUAUAUAAAUUGGUACUUAGGGGCCGAUCGUAGAUCGAAAACGUUUUCGUUUUGUACUAUUCGAUUUGGAAUGCAUCGAAUAAUCGAUGAUAACCGCAGUCAAUAUUUUUCAAUGUGCAUGAGCCUACGAGUAUACUAAACCGUAUAAUCAAUUUUUAUAAAACAAUUGCAUCGUUAACGUUUUUUACAUUUUUCAGAAAACAGUUAUGAUUCCAUCGAUUGGAUUUCACUCGGGAUAACGGUACAUCGACGAGUUUUUCUCGAUGCGUUUGAAAUUGAAUGUUCAAAAACUGCCGAAUGAAUAUGAGAAGAAAUGAAAGAAACAUUAAUGUUUUUAUACGUGCAUUUUUUUACGAUACGUGCAUUUUUCGUGCAUUCAAGAAAAACGCAUUUUUAACCUCUUUUUGCCAAGAUUUAGGAGAAACGAGCGAAGAAAGCAAGUUUAUACGAGGAAAUUAUUUUUCUUCCAAGGAAGCGAAUAAAUAAAGGAUAUCGUAUGUUAAUAACUAUUGAAAUUAAAUCAAAACGUACAAAAUGUACAAAAUAAGUGGUAAAUCCAUUUUCGUGGUUGUUAACUUAGGAUUUUAAUAGUCGUGUGAUCAAAUAGGUAUCCUAGAAGUUUAUUCCACGUAUGGAACGAGAGACAAAAAGAGGUUAACGGGCGGUUAUCGUAUUACGCGUACGUAAGUACGUACAAAUAUACAGAGUACUCUCUAAAUUAUACUAUAUCUAGCAAAUAUAAUUCCGUACCAAAAUUUUCAAUGAAUUUUCAAACGUAUUUGCUCAGUUUUUUAAUCAAAUCAACUAUAGAUCUAGAUAUUUGUUAAGACAAAAAUACCUAGUUGUAUGAAUGUAACCAACUUCAACGUUGAUAAAAGACUAGGAAUAAUUUGAAAUCACUAAUCACGUGAAAACAGACUUGUUAUGUUUGAUACGGAAAUAUUAUUUCCUAGAUACCGUGUCUUUUAUAGCGUAGUCUGUAUAUAUUAUCAGGGUUAUCAUAUUUUUUUGAUACGACUAAGUAAUUGUAUAUGGACAAAACCGGCCUGUUCUUUUUUUAUAUUAAAAGCUUUCUAGUGACUUUUUAGGCGGGCUUUUCAAAUUUGCAAUUGAACUGCCACUUAACGCGUCGUGGACGAUUUUCUCCACGUAACGAUUAUAAUUAAAUCUGAAAAACUUUUGAAUAAAUUUAAUAAACUUUAUAUACAUUUUCGACGGAUUUACUUAAUAAGAAAUAAAUUAUAAUUUCAUAAAUAAAAAUGAAAUAUUGUAUUGAAUCAUGUCCAUCGAGAGGUAAAUAUUUUUUCGUACAUCAGCCGUAAAUGGCUGUAAAACUCGCAAACGUAGGAAAUACUGACUUUCGAUUUUAGUACGUUUUAUUUAAGGAAAUAAUUUUUGAAGCAAUCGCCACUUUUUAGGAAUAUAAAUUCCAACGGGAUUGGAACCAGUAGGUGUAAAAAGAAUAAAUGAACUGGAAGGAUAAA